AUGAAGACGCGACCUGCGGGGAUUGGCAAUUUCAAUGCCGACUGGAUGGGUUCGCUCCCUUCCAAGCUCAGUGCCAUGCCCCUGAAACACCUCGCUGUGCCAGGGUCCCAUGAUUCUUUCACCUUCUGGGUGGAUGUGCAUGCUCCAGUGGGCCCUGAUCAGAAAGCUUAUGUCAAAUAUCUGGCCACCAUGUUCAGCGUCCUCGCUAAGAAAGUCAUGGUGAAGUGGUCCAUGACACAGAACCUGACUUUUAAGGAGCAGCUAGAUGCAGGAAUUCGUUACUUUGAUCUCAGGGUCUCCUCCAAACCAGGCGAGCCUGGGAAUGAGAUUUACUUCAUCCAUGGUCUCUUUGGGCACAAGGUAAAGGACGGUCUGUUAGAAAUCAACUCCUUCCUAGGAAGACACAGGAAAGAGGUAGUUUUUCUGGACUUCAACCAUUACUAUGCAAUGGACGCAGAGCAUCAUGAGUACCUCAUCAGCAUGCUCCAGGAAGUGUUUGGCAGCAAGCUUUGUAACAACUGUGUAGUGGAAAGCGUUACGCUGGACUACUUGUGGGAGAAGAAAUAUCAGGUAAUAGUGUUCUACCAUCAUCCCUCAGCCCAGGGCAUCCCCAUGAUGUGGCCUGGCAGCAAGAUCCCUGCUCCCUGGGCAAACACCACCGAACCCAACAAGCUCAUACAGUUCCUGGAAACUACACUGAAGGAAAGAGCCAAACAGGGGUCCUUCCACGUGUCUCAGGCCAUCCUCACACCCAGGGUCAACACUGUGGCCAAGGGCCUGCUCUGGGGGCUACGUAACUAUCUGGUGGAGAGAAAUCUGCCGGCCAUCAUGUCCUGGGUCGAGGCUCAGAGGCCCGGGGCGGACGGGGUCAACAUUAUCACCUCUGACUUUGUGGAGCUCACCGACUUUGCUAACACAGUCAUCAAACUCAAUAACCUGCUGUUGUCUCAACAGGACUGCAAGAUAAGAUGA